CUAUCAUAUCUUACAAUCUCAAUCAUCAAAGUUAUUUAGAAAUAGAAUAUACUCUGUAUACCUUAAGAGGAAAGAAAAAGAGACCAGAUUUUUCAUUACUUAAAGUUUCAUUAAAAAUGUUUUCAUUCAUGUAGUAUUAUUUUUUUUAAAUGCAUAGUUCUUACACAUUUGAAAAGUAUAAAUUAAAUAUAUGCAUAUAGAACCAAAAGUGUGAUAUUUCUGAUAAUACUAAUUUUCCCUAUUAAACUGCUGCUGCUAUAUUACAAAUGAUUACAAUACAAAAUAAAACUUAUAAAUGCUUUUUAUUUGGAUACCUAGUCAUAUUAUUAAUCAUAAAGUUUAAACAGUCUUUAUUUUCUCCUCAUUCAUGUUUGUCUAUUCACUCUAAACUUACCAACUGGUUAUUUUUUUUCAGUCAAGGUUUGAUAUUUGAUAUUUUGUUUCCCUCAAAGAUAUAGAAAUGCAAACAUUAUCACUAAAUUAUUAUUUUUAAAAACACUGCUCUUUGGUCCUUUAAAUAUAUUAGAAUUUGUUUUUAUAAAACUGCAAUUGAAAAUAAAAUCAUGUAUAAAAUAACAUUAUACAUAGUUAAGGGAGAUGAUAGUUUAUUGUAAAUGUUGAGUAAAUAAAAAAAAUUCAUUUGCUAUUUAUGUGACGAUUUCAAUUACUCAAUAAAAUUGGUCAUGUGAUCAACUAUCAUGUAGAAAAAGUUUAAUUUUGUAUAUAAAACAAAAGAAAAAGAAAAAUAGAAAUAAAUCUAGAGAACAAUAGAUAUUUCUACUUUAGUUUGUUGUUUUUGUAUUUUUAGACAUGUUGGUAUUGGAUAAAUUUCUUAUGGCUAACUGUUAGUGGAACUGAUAAUUCUGUGUUCUCUCUCACUCUUACUCUCUCACUCAUUCUCUCUCACUCAUUCUCUCUUUCUCUCUCUUUCUGUGAGGGGAACAUAUCAACUAGUUUAUCAGAUGCUGGUUUAAGCAUCACCCAUCUCUAUCACCACACACUCACUAAACAUUUCACAGAGAACACAGAGAGGAACUGCUGGCUUAUACUGACUUACUCACCACAUCAAUCUAUCAACAUGAAGCCAUUGUCACACCAUAGCAGCAGUGACACAGACAACCAUUAACAAACAGAACAUUGGGACCAAGUCACAGUUUAUACAACAAAGGAUUUUAUGCUGUAAAAAAUGAUCUGACAGUUUUAACAGCUCUCUCAUAUGAAGCAACUGUACAUGGAAAUAUGUUUGUAGAAUACUUAUCUAUAUUAUUGCUUCAAUUCUGCUUAUGCAUGGACAUCACCUACCACGUCAACGAAGAAGACAGUCCUCACACCUAUAUAGGAGACAUUGCUGUUGACUCUAACUUAUCACACCCUCUCACACAUCAACAACACACUCUCAUUACAUUUACACAACUACAAAGGACAGUCGAGAGUGGUUCUCACUUAUUUAAUGUCACCAACUCAGGAAAACUAUACACUACUCAAACACUGGAUGCUGAGUCUCUGUGUACGUACAACAAGGAAUGUUCCAGAAUAGUUAAAGUAGCAGUGAGGAAAGGAAAGACAUUUAUGAAGAUAUUAAAAGUGAAAGUAAUAAUAGAAGACAUUAAUGAUAAUCAACCAGCAUUUCCCACCAAAGAGAUUUCAUUACAAUUUGAUGAAGGUGAUGGGAAGGGAAUGAAAAAGUCCAUUCCUAAUGCAAUUGACAAAGAUGUUGGAUUUCAUAAUCACAUGAUAAAAUACUUUUUAGCAAAAUCUGAAAGUGAACCAUUUUCAUUAUUAGUAACUAGAAGAGCUGAUGGAAUCUCAAUGUUAGAAAUUGUUUUAGAAGAGAGGCUAGAUAGAGAAAUGAAGGAAAUCUAUAACAUAAAUGUUGUGGCUAAAGAUGAGGGAUCUCCACCUAAAGAGAGUGUUUUAAAAGUUAGAGUAAUAAUUAGAGAUGAGAAUGACAAUCGACCUGUAUUUUCUAGAAAUAUUUAUAAUGUAUCCAUCAAAAACACACAUAAUAAGAAUAUUCCAAUCCUCACACUUUCAUCGACAGAUUCUGAUACAGGAGACAAUAAGAAAGUUUCUUACUACUUUAGCCCGAUGACUUCAGACAUUGUUAAAAGACAGUUUCAAGUAGAUCACUCUACUGGCAAAAUUUUUUCAACAGAGAGUUCUAGUCUAGAUACUAAAUUGACAUACCAACUCUACAUAGAAGCUAGGGAUGGAGGCAGCCCUCCUCUCAGUUCUAUAGCAACAGUUCUGGUGAAUGUUAUCAACCAACACAACAAUCCUCCAUCUAUUGAUAUUGAUUAUGUUUCUGCCCUCAAUCACAACACAGCUACCAUUUCGGAAGAUACCAAAGUUGGUAGUUUCAUUGCUUAUGUGAUGGUCACUGAUAAUGAUGUUGGGUAUAAUGGACAAGUCAGCUGUAGCCUCCAUCAUGAUAUAUUACAGCUGGUGUCCAUGGGGUCAAAAGAAUUCAAAAUAGUUAUGAAAAGUUCUGUUGACAGAGAGACACAAGAUUAUUAUAAUGUUUUGAUUACUUGUCAAGAUGAAGGUUUCCCAUCUCUUAAAACAGAAGAAAUGUUUUCACUCCAGGUCACUGAUGCCAAUGAUGUACAACCACAAUUUAACAAAGACAUGUUUAAAUUUUUAACUUAUGAAAAUGAAAAACCACAUUUUCCUAUUGGCUUUAUCAAUGCCACUGAUCCUGACCUGGGACUGGCUGGUAAGCUAACAUAUUCCCUAUUGCACAAGAAAAGGAAUCCAAUUCCCUUUCAAAUUUCUAACUAUGGCUUUAUUUCAACAAACCAGUCUUUAGACAGAGAACACAGAGAUUUCUAUGAGUUUGAGGUUUUUGUGAAAGACAAUGGAACACCAUCUCUGAAUAACACAGUGAAUGUUGAAGUGGAAGUAUUGGAUAGAAAUGAUAAUGCUCCAUAUUUUACAUUUCCUAGUGUUGACCCUUUUACACUUGAUGUCCACUAUCACCCGCAAAGUAAGAACGACAUCACAGUUUUGAGAGCUUCAGACAGAGACAAUGGAAAUAAUGCUUUUCUCAGGUAUGAAAUCAUUUCAGGUAAUGAGAGACAGCUGUUUAAACUAGAUUCGUUCACUGGUGUGUUAUCCUACUCUCGCACAGUUUACCAAAAUGAUGCCGGAUCCUAUGAGCUUGAGUUUGUUGUGAAAGACAGUGGUACUCCAAUUCUAUCAGCAACAACAACUGUCUCUUUGACACUGACUGUUAGUAAUAAGACGUCACCAAUGUUCACAGCUGUCCACUUACAGUCUGGUAACAAUCUCAAUUUAACUUGGGUAAUUAUCAUAGUAGUAGCAGCUGUAAUAAUAUCUGUGGCUAUUGUGGUUUCUGUGACACUGUGCUUUAUUAGAGGCACCAAUACUCGAAAUAAUUCUGCAAGGGUUCGUGAAAAUUCUCAAUACCAUUCAAGAGCAGAAAUGAAACAGUUAAUAUAUCAAACAAACAAUCCUAUAGUUGUGACAAAAAACCCAGAAGAGAUGCUCAGCAAUAAUAGUCCAUCAAUUAUAUCUUCAAGCCAGUUUUACCCUGAGGAAAACUCGAGCAAAGACUGGAAAACAGCUACUCUAGUCCGGACGCUUCCAAAAUCUAUAACGAAGUACAGUCAGCCAAUAGUUGUGACAUCUAGCGAUGACCCUGUUAUGAUUCCUAACUAUCUCAGUGAUUCAUUGGCAACUCUAAGAGACAGUCACCUUACUUUGGAUGAGCAGUAUAAUGGACUUUAUGAAGAAAUACCUGCAAUGUCAGGAAUCUACAAUUUCAACCCAAGUAUGUCCCCAAAUUUUAUGAAGAAAUAUCAACAGCACUGCUGAGGUAUCUCUUUAGAAGUUACUUCUCCUGAAGGUAUAAGUCUCCUUGAUGCAGAUAUCUAAUUAACAAACAUUGAACAACAAUGGGAUUCCUUUCAGCAAUAAACUGGAAAUUAGUUUUAUCUUAGAUUCUCUGCAUUGAUGCAUAAAAGAACUUUUACUUUGAACAAUUAUAUAUCAAGUGUCCACAUCUCAAAUUCUAUUUCUUCCACUGUUUGUUGGCAAAGUGGAUGAUAGUGGAGGGAAGGUAAUAUAUGCAUUUCGCUUAGAAGGUAAUAAAAAUUCCAAGAUUACUUGAAAAAAUAAAGUUACUAUGAUAGAAUUAUAUUGCUAACAUUGUUUAGUAAACAUGUACAUAGUACUAUGAACAACAAGAAUUAUCAUUUCGUUCACCACAACUUUAAAAUGAACAGCCAAAAGAUUUUUUUAAACUCUGAGAAAAUGAAAAUGUAAAAAAUAAAAUAUUCAUUUGUAAAUACAACGACUGUAAUCUCUAAUUGUCCAACACAUUCUAAGUCAUACUGUCUGGGUUAAGAUACUUGCUGAAUUUUGGUUCAUAUUACUUCUUUGUUGCUUAAUCAAUCUUUGUAUACAAUGAGAAAACAUCAUGGAAGGAAAAAAGAAAGACAAAGAAACAGAAAAAAAAAAGAAAAAAACUAAACUCACGUGAAACUACAAUUGUCAAAAAUCAAAGCCAAUUCUACACAUAUUCUGAUAUUCAUGAUAUAUAAUCCAUUUACUAUGUAAUCUAAUUUGACAUUUAUUCUAUUUGAUAUAUAAUCCCUUUGAUAUCAAUAAUCUAAUUUCAUAUGUAAUCCUUUGUAAUCAAUUGAAAAUUGAAACAUAUAUUGUUUGUAAGUUGUCAAAAAUAGUUGCAUCAGAUGUUCUUUCUAAAGCUAGCUUUGGUUAAUGUAUAUUUUUGUUGAUGGAAACUUUCUGCAAUUCACUUCUGUUGUCAUCAAAAGGAUUUAUCUAUGGAAAUAUUGUAUAUCUAAAUGGAACAGCAACAAAUAUAAAAAAACAAAAAAAAGACAGAGCUAAAAGAAUUUCCAUCAGACAAAAGGUCUGUGCAAAACAAUGCAUGUUUGAGAUUCUUAUCACUUGUCAUGUGUGAUAUUAUUGAAUGAUAGUAUGUGAUAAUACAUUGUAAUACUCAGUUUACUGACAAGAAGAUCAUUAAACUAACACAACAUUUACUAACUUAUGAACUGCAUACAACUGUAUCUCAGUUAAAAAAUAAAACUGUGAUGUAGAAAUCAAAAACAUGACUAUUUAUACAAGCAAGCUAACAAGAAAAACAAUAAUAAUGGUGGCAGUGGUAAUGGUGGUGAUGAUGAUGAUGAUGAUGAUGAUGACUAAAACAACAAUAUCAACAACAAUAAUGCAGUCACUGAUAUUUGCAAUGAUUUUAUAAGAAUUUUCCUACACUCCCCUUCCCCCUUACUUUUCCUAAAAGCAGAUUUUUUUAUGUAAAUAUUUUGUUAUUCCCUAUACAAAGCAAUAGUUCGUGAGCAAAUGCUUCCAGUGUGCGUGAUAUUCAGGGAAAACAGUGUUGUUAAUAGAGCUUGGAGCUUAUUGAUUGCUACAAAUUGUUUAUAACACGGCUUAAAGUCUAUCCUAUUACCAGCAAUAAAAAGAAAAGAAAAAUGUUUGUGUUGAAAACAAGAAGCAAACAAUUGUAAAUAGAAGAAAUGGAAAAUAAAUAUACAAAUAAAAUAAGAAAUAGCAAGUGAA